GUAAGUAUAAACAUUAAAUUUGCAGUUAUUUAGUUUGUUAUGAUUGUUCUAUUACUUGUCAUUUGUCUUCAGAAAUAUGUCUAUGCACAGUCUUGCCAAGAGGAUGACUUGGUGUUAAAAAGUACUGAAUGCGAUAUCUCAGGAAACAGGUGGCUUUUCAAAAUUCCUAAAAUCGAUGGAAAAUGUGACCUCAAUGAGAAAAGUAUACCAAAGAAAGUUAAUAACUGUUAUAAAACUUGCCCCACUGGAAUGCAUCUUGACCUUUUAUCACAAGACUGUGAAGUUUGCCCACCUGGGACAUAUUCAAAAGGUGAUACAUUUGAGGUGACAAAGUGGGACACUAUGCCAGAAGUUCUUUCUUUUGAUGUUACGUACGGCAAUAACUAUAAUUCAAAAUGCAAUCUAACCGGUUGGUCACCUCAGGGUAAAUAUUUAUUAGGCAAGACUACGGCCAAUUGCGCAGUUACACUUUCAAUGAAAGUUUACAACCUUAAACCUGGAACCAUAACAUUCACAUAUCAAAUUGAAGAAUACGGUGCAAUGGCUUUCUUUACCAUGAGAAAUGAAAGAUGUUCACAGUUACCGGGAGGCAGUUAUCUCUUACGACUUACAGGUCCAUAUGCCUAUGAAACACUAACAUUCAGUGUACCUGUUGGACAUAAUAUUCUACAAUGGUAUUUGUUUGUUGAGAAUGUUUACGUACAACAGUUAUAUGGGCUGAAAGAUCCUGAAAUACAUAUCAAAGAAAUUCGUUUGACAGGAACACCACCUGUGACAACAUGCAUCCCUUGUGCACCGGGAAGUUUUGGAGCGCAUGCGAAAUCUGGUCAUUGUGAGUUAUGUCCAAGAGAUACAUAUUCUGAUGAAGGUGCCAUUUCGUGUACACCUUGUCCAGAUCAUGAAUUUUCAGGCACUGGAUCUUCGGCAUGCAGUCCACGUCCCGUAUGUGUGAAAGACGACUAUACAAGCUACUGGACCUCAUGUGACAAAAACCAGAUGACUCAACGUAGAUGGAAAUGGAUCGAACCAAAAAUAUGUGAUGAAAUCCGUGGUGUUAAACUUCCUGAACCAGAUAAUCCUACACAAUGCCAUAAAUGUCCAGUUGGUACAUUCCCUUUAAAAGAUGACAUCUGUGAAUUAUGCUCAUCUGAUAAAACAGAGGAAAGUUCAAAUUCAGAAAGUUGUGUUAAAUGCCCAAGUGACCAAGUUCCAAUAUAUGGGUUUCGUUUUGAUAACUGGUGUCGUAUGCCAUCCGUAUUGAAGACCAACUGUCGCAAUUUCUUUGGUGUAAAAUGCGAUGUUUGGGAACGGGAUAUGACAUCACUAAGAGGUGGAGUUGGCAUGCAUAUGGACGAAGUAGCAACUUUGGAAUUCCCUAUUCCCGAUGGUUUUAUUACAGCUUCUCCAGAUGUUAAUGUGGGAACAACAUUAACCUUUUUGCAAUCACCUAUUCCAAAUACAUUUGUACGCAUUGAAUUCGAGACAGUAUGCCGUUCAAGAUGUCAGUUUUCGAUGAAACAGGCUUUUCUUGCUGGAAAUGAACAAAUUAUUUCCACUUGGAUUGGUACAACCGAAAGGAAGAAUUUCACUUUUCGCGUACGAGAAGCUAGUGGAACUAAAUUUAUCUGGACUUUUGAUAAACCUGGAGUGCCAGGCAGUUACAACUCUGCUUUACAAGAUCAUGUCAAGAUUUAUCAGAUAGAAGCUACAAAUGUCAAGAACAGUAAUCCUAUUGGUUGUCAAAAGUGUUUAAAUGGAAUUGAAGAUGGGAGAUGUAAACGUUGUCCACCUGGUCUCUACUAUACACUUCAAUUUGAUGAAAUUAAAAAGUUAAAUGUUAUUAAUUGUACAAAGUGUCCAGAUAAUUCAGUUGUAGUUGCUGAUGCAUCUAACUUACAUACAGUAGAUGAAGCCUGUCGUCGUUGUGAAUCUGGUACUAUCGCAACAAAUGAUAGUAUCUGUAUGACUGAUACACGACCAACUACACCAUCUGGAUUUCAGUAUGACCUAAGUGAUGUGAUUGAUAAGGUUCAUACUGUAUCCAGCCCAAAAAUGUUCACUCCGUCCGGAACAGCCUACAGUCACGAGUUUCGCAUUAACAUGGCGUAUGGUAAAACUGUUCAGUGUGUGGAGAAUUCUUCUAUUUUAGAUCAGUACACCGUGCAAGCACUGAUAUGUCGACAUACAAACCUUGAAUUAGCGAAUCAUAACCUUGGUAAAGCGUACUCCAAACCGACAAGAUUAGCCGAUCGUCUUGUCCGUAUGGUACCAAGUAACACGACACCGGAGUUUUGGCAAGAAAUAAAUGCUAAUUUAACAAAAGCAGGAUGGGAUGAAGAUAAAACUGGUAACGAUCUGCAUUACAUAUUUACAUCUGAUGACCAUAGUUCAAAUUGUCCUCUGGGAAGAACGUCAGUGAUAACACUUCGAUGUGUAUUCACACAAGAAAUUAGUAAAUUUAUGAGUCAAAUUCAAGAUAUUCCAGACUACAUUUAUGGCAAAAUUGAAUUACCGCCAGCCUGUCCUGAUGGGACAUGUGAUGGAUGUAAUUAUCACUUCUUAUGGCUUACUAUGUAUGCUUGUCGCAUGUGUAGAGAAAAUGAUUAUGAAAGAAUCUUAGGUGAAUGCGUAUAUGGUUACAGAAAAGUACAUCUCCGUGCUCCAUGGGAAUGUCGAAUUGAACCUGGCAGAAAUCUUACUGUUAUUGAAACGUGUCCAAUACUGACUAAGGCUCAAAUUGCGGCUAUCUUUCUAACUACUUUUGUCCUGAUUAUCUUGGGAUUGAUUAUUUUUGUAUGCUAUCGCCGAAAUAAGACGCUCGAAUACAAGUACAUGAAACUUGUGCAAAGUACAUCCGGAAAGAAUCAAGUAACUAGUUGUGCAUUAGAUGAUAAUGAAGUGGAUAUUAGUGGUGGCAAUACUUACUACACGGGUGAAAAUUAUAACAAAAUGGGUGGUGUACACAUAAAAUCAUCACCAAGUUAUACAAAUUCAAGUGGUGUUGUUUUAGAACCGAAUGAAUUUCUUCAAGGUGAACAUUUUGCACAAGCUGGCUUUAAAGGGUUGCCAAAGGUGAAUCUUCCACCUAUUAUAUUCAAGACCAAAGGUGAUACUGACCGGGAUAUUCUGACAGAAAAUGAUGAAGCUUAGUGGAAUUCUGUUCAUGAGCUGUUCCACUCCUUCAUACUGUCAUCGGCAUUCAUUAAUCAAUCAUCUCCAUUUCACUUAAAUUGCACUCACGAUUUCUGCUUCUUGUGCGAUUCAUCUGAAUUUGUUUCUUCUUAUUUCACUAGCGUUCAUAUACAUUCACCCACUACUUACAGCCACAAAAACUAUUUGUUUAAAGAAACGUAUUUGAAAAUCUCAGGCAUAUUUAAUAUCUUCAUUCCACUACUGAAAGAAUGAAUCCUUUUAUAACAAAAUGUGUAUGAUAAUUUUUUAAGUUUUUAAUUUCUCGUUUUCACUGUAACUUCCUAACUGUCCACUCCUUUAUAGAAAAAAUCCAGCAAAAUAUCUAGAAUUUUGUUUAAGAUGUCAUACUUAUAUACAACAGUGUGCCAUUUUAGCAGGUUCCGUGAUUUUGAGACAAAAAUGAAACUUCAAAAUUGUAAAGUGAAAAUUUUUUUCCUUUUUUGAAAAGUCAUUUUUCAGAUAUUUUCUUGAGACAAAAAAUGUAACUUUUAAAUCUUGUUUUUUCGUGUAGGCAAUUGCAUAACAACUAACUGAGGUUUUCUCCUUUGUACUCCAACUGUAUUACUAUUAAUACUUCAAAUAUUAUGGUUAUCUAUUUCAUAAUACAUCCUCUUUUAAUAUGUUUUAUUUUUCCAUCUUCACUCUAUUACCUAAUCACGUUUUGUUCAUUUAGUUAAUUAUGAUGAAAGUAUUUUGUUUGCUCUUCUCCUUUUUCUAUGCAUGAAAAUCUUUAAGCAUUCUCAUCUAUUAUCAUUAAACUACUACUACUACUGCUACUGUUCAUCAUAUGCCUAUUUGAAUGUCAUUUUGUUGUAUGCGACAAGGGAGACAGAAAAGAAGUAGGAGAAGAAAGAAAAAGGCUUAAAGAGUUUUCUGAAAAUCUUUAUGAUUGGCUAAUUUUAAUUCGAUUAAAUAAUCUAUAUUUGUAUGCUUCAAAAGUAAGAAAGUGAUAACUGUCUUUUGUUACUUGCUAAUAAUUUCAAAGUGAAAUUAUAGUAAUCCAUGUAUUUUCACUUGGAAAUUAAUUGUUCCACUUUCUUGAUAGCAUAAAAUGUAAAAUCUUUUAAAGUUCAUUCAGCAACAAGAUUCAAUGUUUUUUACAAGUUAAACGGUAGCACUUUUGCUUCUGUAAAAGUCAAUCUAGAAGGCUUUUUCAAAUAUAUUGGCUGGUAGAAGUUAAGCUCAGAAUUAAGACUGAUUGGUAACGCAUAAGUAAUGCUAACAAUGAGCGAAAUGUUUUCCCUAUUAGGUCUUAAAGAAAACUUUCAAAUUUUAAACUUCACUUUGCUUUCAAAAGUAAUGAAUUAAAUCGUCCAGACACAUAUAUUUGGGAUUUUUAUAUGAACUAGCUAGAUUAAUAUUUAUAUUUUAGUGACAACAGGAAAGCAUCACUAGCCUAUGGUUGUAAGAAGGCAAACUGUGAAACUCUUUCUUGCAUAUUCAUCAGUUUGACGGAGUGAUUUAUUCCAGCCUGUCACCUUACUUAAAAUGUGAAAUGAUUUCUGACAAAAGCUCUACUAUUUUUACAUGGGUGUGUGAAAAUCGCUCAACAAUCAAGACUAAC